ACACACUUGAUGCUAGUUCAUAAUACAUUUCUUGAGCGGUGCUUUUACAGACACGCACCGAAAACGCACCGCCGGCUCUGUCGCUCUUUGUCACCACUGGAUCUAAACUCACUCACCCUACCGCGCUACUACGAGCCAUACAACAACAACAAAAAAACAAAAAGAUAUUGUACACUCCCGGGAAGCUUUUGAUUCCUUCAAACACUCGUCUGUGACUGAGAAAUGAAUCAUAAAGCCCUUUUACUGUGGAUUUUCCUACAGUGUGCUGCUGCGCUCUUCUCAACCGCUCUUGGGGAAAACGCUGUCCUUAAAGGUGAAGACGGUGGAUUGGAUGAGUUAUCAACAGAUGGCAAGGCUCUCAAUGGCAUCAUCAAGUACAACAUGAGGAAGAGUUUAGACCUGGAGCAGGAGGGCUGCUACCUGCAGACUGGCAAGAAGGAAUGUCUAGAGGAGUGUGGCUUUAAUGCUACAGCCAAGACUAUAUUCAUCAUCCACGGCUGGUCGAUGAGUGGGAUGUUCGAAAGCUGGAUGCAAAAGUUGGUCGCUGCAGUGAUGAGGCGUGAAACUGAAGCCAAUGUAGUUGUCGUUGAUUGGAUAGCGAUGGCUCAGCAGUUGUACCCUGACGCGGUCAACCACACCCACAACGUCGGCCUGGAUAUUGCCACCAUGCUCAACUGGCUUCAGGACGAGCAGCAGCUGCCUCUGGAGAAUGUGCACCUGAUCGGCUACAGUUUAGGCGCUCAUGUAGCCGGCUACGCGGGAACGUUUGUGCGAGGGACCAUCGGCAGAAUCACUGGGCUAGACCCAGCCGGACCAAUGUUUGAGGGCGUCGAGGAGCAGAAGCGCCUCUCCCCAGAUGAUGCCGACUUCGUAGACGUUCUGCACACUUACACUCGAGAGGCUUUGGGUGUCAGCAUUGGUAUCCAGCAGCCAAUUGGGGACAUUGAUAUCUACCCCAAUGGUGGCGAUGUGCAACCCGGCUGUGCGCUUGGUGACGUGCUGGCAGUGGCUGGAAAUUUCAUGGAGGUGAUGAAGUGCGAGCAUGAGCGCGCCGUGCACUUGUUUGUGGACUCCCUAAUGAACAAGGACCACAUGAGCUUUGCCUUCCAGUGUACCGGCCCGGAUCGCUUUAAGAAAGGCAUCUGCCUCAGCUGCCGCAAAAAUCGCUGCAACAACAUCGGCUACAACACUAGAAAGAUGCGCAAGAGGCGCAACAGUAAAAUGUAUCUGAAGACACGUGCUGACACUCCCUUCGGAGGCUACCAUUACCAGAUGAAGAUGCACGUGUUCAACAGAAAAAAGUCAGACAAUGCAGAUCCCACCUUCCACGUCAAGUUGUACGGAGCUCAUAACGAUACAACCAACAUAUUUGUCGAUGUCCAUGAUGACACAGUCGGUCUAAACCUGACCAACACGUUCUUGGUGUUCACUGAGAAGGAUAUCGGUGAUCUUCUGAAGAUCCGUCUGAGCUGGGAAGGAGAAUCUGAAUCCUGGAACUCGGUCUGGAAGAACAUUAAGCAGUCGUUCUGGGCCUGGAAUGCCAAGCCUCCCAAACCGGUGCUGGAAGUCCGGCGCAUUCGUGUGAAAGCUGGAGAAACACAAAAGAAGUUUACGUUCUGUGCCCAAGACCCCGCAAAAGCUGAAAUUUCCCCAGGGGAAUCGAUAACUUACGUGAAAUGUCGUGAUGGCUGGGAAGUGAAGCCAAGAAAACGGCUGCCCAUGUAACAACUCAGCACUUCCAACAACCAAGGCACCAUCACCAUGGGGGACUCAACAUGGAUCAGCAAGAAGCACUGCCUUCUCCUUAUUUGAGCACUUUUUGAAGAUUGAUCAGCGCACGGUGGGAGGGGCUUGACUGGACUCUGCAAGGUUUUCAUUGGUUUUCUGGAAACAAGGACUCUGGUCUGUUCAGCCAACAAGACAGCUGGAAAAUGACGCACAGGCUGAAAGCGAGGGGGCAGUCCUAAAUGUCUUAAGAUUGCCCGGCGAAUUGCAGAACGUUCCUGUGUCUGGACUAGUGACGUAGAAUACAGAUCUGUGCCAGUGGACAAACACCAGCAAUUGUAGUCGCUGUACUGUACAUUUUUUAUUAUUAUUUUUUUUUUAUUUAUGAAAAAAAUGGAAGCACUGCAAGACCAACGUUAUUUAUCAGAGCACAUCCCAUGAUAAAGCAUGUAUUUAAUGCAUUUCUCCUUGAUGCAGUAUUUGUGUGUAUGUUGUGUGUGGUAAUGUGUGGGUGUUUUUUUUGUUUUUUGUUUUUUUCUGUGCUUGUUGUGACCAAGAAGUGUGCCUUUCUGCUGAGAGAUUACUGAUACACUGUAUAACUGAAGGAGAUACCUGAUCGCAUUGCACACGAUCUCUGAGGUUUUGUGCGUAGUGUUACUGUUACUGUAUGUGGCUUAUUUUGGGGGUGCGUUUAUGUACAUAAUGUAAAUAACUUUUUGGAAAAAUAAAUUCACCUGUUAUUUGUAGAAA